UGGGGGCCAGAGAGACAGACGGAAGGGCAGGUGGUAAAUCAGCCCCACCCCAACCAGGAAUAGUCCUGACUCCCUCUGUGUGACCUUGGCCGGGCACCUCCCUCUCUGAUAAGCAGUGUCCCCAACUGUAACUAACGGACAGUGGACUUCGGGCUCCUGCCAGCUCCCACUUUCCAGGCCCAGUGGGGCCCAGACAUCUCUCUGGAACCCCAAAGGCUGUGUCUGAGUGGAGGAGGGGAGAGGGGUUCCCCCAGGACACAGCCCUGUGUCAGGUGUGUUCCUGGAGUCGGCACCAGGCAUGUGACAGCGCCCGGUGGUGUAGACAAGGCUCGGCACACUUUCCUAUAAAGGGCCAGAUGGUGAGUAUCUGAGACUUUGCAGAGCAGCCUCUGUCUCAUGUGGCUGUGUUCCAGGAAGCUGAGUUCAGGAAAGCCAGCCGUGGGUCAGACUUGGUUCAGAUCACGUGUGACCACUGUCAUGCACAGAACCUAGCCCCCCAGUGACACGCAAGGCGUGGCUCCCAGGCCCCAGCAUUCAUCCAGAGCCCUUCAGUCCAGCUCCCGCAGUGGCAUCACGUGUGUUCAGGGGGGCCAGCCCCAGAGCCUGCCUCCAAGAAGCAGCAGGUCUGUUCACUUCCCUGCUGCCAGAUGCUGACCCUCCGUGAGUGUCCACCCUGUCCGUGCGCUGGGAGCCACACCGGGGUCCCGGGCUGGUGCCGGGAGGAGUGGGGACGGCUCCGCCCUGGCCUCCCCGUGCUAAGGGAGGCAGGUUCAGUUCUCUGGUGAGAACAGUGAAAAAGAGGACUCUUCAUCUGCUGUGGGCUGCAGGGAGCACAUUUACCAAGCAACACCUCCAGGCUGUGUUAAACCAGGGUGUGAAGUUAUGGCUGUGGGGAGGAUGUUGUCUGCCCAGCGCUGGGACCCACUGCAGACUCACGGAGGAGAGGGGCAUAGAGCCUUCUGGGUACCCCAGUCAGUGUGUGGGGUCAGCUCAGAACUCAGACCCCUUUCAUCACGCCAGGUACUCCCCACCCACCACUCCUGGGCCACGUUUUGCCACAAGCAGCUGGAUGAGGGCCACCAAGGCCUGGAGGGGGUCAGUAAAUCACCAACUCAGAACAGAGCCAUGUGGGGGUCCUGUGUGGGGUCCUGGUGCCCCCUGGAAGGAAUGGGGAUAGUGUUGGGGGCCCCGCCGGCAACUCUUCCCUGGGGUGCUGCUCCUCACUCCGUCCAUGUCCAUACUCACCUGGAUCAUCUAGUCACAGGGGGACCUGGCAAACCGGCCCCCAGAACUCACUGAGCCCCACAGGGCUGGUGGGGGCCGCCUACUCUUGCUGUUCUCGGCAUAGAGUCCAUCCGCCUCAGCUACAGAGUCUGUUAGGCCUCUGUCAGUGGCCAUAGCAUGGGGUUUCCAGGCACCUGACACGGGAGUGCUGGAGUGGACCAGUGGCGGGCCCCCCUCAGGGCUCCUGGUGUGUGGUGUGGCCCAGGCCCCUAGGCUGUGCUGUCCGCAGGGCCCUCCGGUGGUCCUAGAGUGGGUUCCCAGCCAGGAAGCUCCCAGCUCUUGACCCAGACACUGUCCUGUGAUUCUUUCUUGCGGGGGACUUACCUGUACAGAGAGAGGAAAAACAAGAAGCUACGUUCCCACGUCUCAGAAUCAACUGGUGGGAGAAUUUUAUCACGUUUGCUCUGCAUUAUUAAAAUAAAAUACUGUAGACAAAGUUCUGCUUGAUCCCCCUAUUCCUGGUCACAUCCAGGCCACUUUCUCCUGACUGUGGUUUGUGUCCAUCUUUUUUUUUACCCGUCUUAACCAUUUCUAAGUGUACGGUUCAGUAGUGUUAGGCUUAUUCCCAUUCUUGUGAAACAGAUCUUUUCCUUCUUACAAAACGGAGAGUCCUUACCUGUUAGAUAACAGCUCUCCCUUCGCCUCUCCCCGCCUCAGCCCUGGCAACCACCGCUCUGUCGCUUCUAGGAAUCUGUCCACUCCAGCGCCUCGUGGAAAUGGGGUCAUACAGUGUUUGUCUUUUUGUGAUGGCUCGUUUCACUCAGCAUCGCGAUCUCAGGGUCCCCGAUGCUGUGGCCGGUGUCAGGAGUCCCUUCCUUUUUAAGGCUGAGUAAGUCCCGUUGUGUGUAUUUAGCACAUUUUGUGGAUCCGUGGAGGCCCUGAUGGGCACGUGGGUUGCUUCCACCUCUUGGCAUUGUGAAUAAUGCUGCUGUGAACGUGGGGGUGCAGAUACCUCCUUGAGGCCCUGUUUUCAGUUCUUUGGAAGUGGGAUUGCUGGAUCCUACAGUGUUUCUAUUUUAAUGUUUUGAGGAACCUCCACACUGUUUUCCAUAGCGGCUGCCCCAAGUUACAUUCCCACCAACAGUGUACGAGGGUUCCAACGUCCCCACAUCCCGCCAACACUUGUGAUUUCCUGCUUUUUAAUAGUAGCCAUCCUCGUGGGAUGUACCCGCCCUUUAAUAUUAAUUAAUCCUUUAAUAGUACCCACCCUUUCCAUUUCUAUUCGUAGAUAGAGCUCUCAAACGCUUUUAAAUACUGGGGCAUUCCCACAUGUGGUGUCCACAUUCCGUGCAGCAGGUCGCCUUCUCCUGUCAGCAUUUGGUAUCUGUUGUUACCCCAUGUUGCCCCACAUGGGUUGGACGGAAUUGUAGGAGCAGACGCUGCUCCACUGUGUGAUUGGCCCCGGCUGUCUCACCGUCUCCUCUGCUGCUCUGCAUCUCAUGGUCUCCACGCAGCGAGCCGCGACGGCGAAGAUGGUGGACUAUCUGGCCAACACGGAGAUCAACAGCCAGCGCAUCGCCGCGGUGGAGAGCUGUUUCGGGGCGUCGGGGCAGCCGCUGGCCCUGCCCGGCCGCGUGCUGCUGGGCGAGGGCGUGCUGACCAAGGAGUGCCGCAAGAAGGCCAAGCCCCGCGUCUUCUUCCUGUUCAACGACAUCCUGGUGUACGGCAGCAUCGUGCUCAGCAAGCGCAGGUACCGCAGCCAGCACAUCAUCCCGCUGGAGGAGGUGACGCUGGAGCUGCUGCCCGAGACCCUGCAGGCCAAGAACCGCUGGAUGAUCAGGACCGCCCGGAAGUCCUUCGUGGUGUCGGCGGCCUCCGACACGGAGCGCCAGGAGUGGGUCAGCCACAUCGAGGAGUGCGUGCGGCGGCAGCUGCUGGCCACCGGCCGCCCGCCCAGCACGGAGCACGCGGCGCCCUGGAUCCCUGACAAGGCCACGGACAUCUGCAUGCGCUGCACGCAGACGCGCUUCUCGGCGCUCACGCGGCGCCACCACUGCCGCAAGUGCGGCUUCGUGGUCUGCGCCGAGUGCUCCCGCGCGCGCGUGCUGCUGCCGCGCCUGGCGUCCAAGCCCCUGCGCGUCUGCAGCCUCUGCUACCGCGAGCUGGCCGCCCAGAAGCCCGAGGAGGAGGGGGCGGAGGGAGGGCAGGGCGCGGGGUCCCGGGUCCCCUGCGGAGCGUCCAGUGGCGACGACGACGACGACUCAGAGGAGGACAAGGAGGGCGGCGGGGAUGGCGACUGGCCCAGCCGCGUGCAGUUCUACGCCUCCGGGGUCUCCUGGUCAUCCUUCCACAGCUGACCCCGGUGCGCAGACGUGAGGGACAGCCGCCCCACACUUCUGCAGACUCCGCUGACCAGGCUCCUAAGAGGACGGAGUCCCGGAAGCUGCCCGGCACCCCCAGGCCUCUACCCCAUGGGUGGCGGGCGCAGUGGGAGUGCCUCUUGCAAUCUCGACCCCAGUGCCUUUCUCUGGACGUUGGCAUCCUUCUGCGUCCCUUCAGGGAAUUAUCUUUCCAUCUAGCAAACCCAGGACACUUAGGCCACUCGGGAACAAAUGCCAUCUGUGCACCCUGUGAGCGGUAGCUCCAGGGGACACCUUGAGUUACAUGACGCCCGGCACCUUUAGGGACAAGAGAGGACGUAGGACUGCAGUGAGGUCCCCUCUUCCCUGAGGCCUUGAGCCACAGCACCUGAUCCCAGACACGCACACCACCGCGGAAGACUGUGGGUCCUGGGAGGUCCAUGAAACCAAGGCUGCCCACCUGCCGUGCUGAUGCCCACCUGCCUGGUCAGCUGGGUCUUGUCAGGCCCAGCAUGGGGGCUCACUCAGAGCCAGGCAAGAGCCUGGCCAUGCUGUGGGUGCCCACCAGGCCUGGGGACGGCAGCCUGCGUGCCCCAUGGUCCAGGACAGCCUGCUAAGGCCUCUGACCCCGUCUCACCUCUUCCCAGGUGUCCAGGUGUCCGGCCCUCUGUCAGUCCUCAUCUCUCCCUGGGGCUGAGAAAGCAGUGUUUUCUGUUAGGGCUCUAAUUUCAAGUAACAGAAACACUAUCCAGAUUGACUUAGUAAUAAAAAGAAAGUUUAUUGA